AUGGAGAAUCGAAAAGGAGGAAACUCGAGCUCGGAAGCUUUGACCACGACGCUUCGCAAUGCGAUCCAGGCUCUAGGCCGCGGUUUCGAUGUCACAUCAGAUGUUCGGCUUCUGUACUGCAAAGGAGCUCCUGGGUCAAGACUCGUUCGUAUCGAAGAAGGACAAAACAGAGAUCUUGAACUGUCCGACGGAGAUCUUCUUCCCGACGUCCCUGCUGAUAUCGAGUGCUCACGAGGCAGAAAUUGCAUCCAGCGAAUCCCUGUUUGCAGCUUCCAUCAGAUGGCAGAGUACUUCAAUGAGAGAUCAGGAGUGAAAGGGAACAUACCACUCGGAUGCUUCAACGCAAUGUUCAACUACACAGGCUCUUGGCAAGUCGAUGCAGCUUCCACAAAGUCUCUUGCACUCGUUGGAUACUUCAUUCCACUCUACGAAGUCAAACUGGCAAAGCUCAAACUGGUUCUGCGCAACGAGAUCAGACUCGCUGUUCCUUCCUCUUGGGAUCCAGCUUCUUUAGCUAGCUUUAUCGAAAACUACGGGACGCAUAUUGUAACCUCGGUGACGAUUGGUGGAAGAGACGUGGUUUACAUAAGACAACACCAGUCUUCUCCUCUACCUGUAUCCGAGAUCGAGAGCUACGUCAGUGACAUGAUGGAGCACAGGUUUCACGAAGCGGAGAGCCAAUCGAUCACUGGUCCCUUAAAAUACAAAGAUAAGGAUAUUACAGUAAUAUUCAGGCGAAGAGGAGGAGACGAUCUUGAGCAGAGCCAUGCUCGUUGGGCAGAGACUGUACACGCAGCUCCAGACAUUAUCAACAUGACUUUCACUCCCAUUGUUUCUCUCCUCGAAGGCGUGCCUGGUUUACGUCACUUGACUCGUGCCAUCGAGCUUUACUUGGAAUAUAAGCCUCCUAUAGAAGAUUUACAAUACUUCUUGGACUUCCAAAUAGCUAGAGCGUGGGCUCCAGAGCAGAGUAGCCUCCAAAGGAAAGAGCCUGUGUGUAAAUCUCUACAAUUCAGCUUAAUGGGUCCCAAACUGUUCGUCAGUGCUGAUCAGGUAACGGUUGGUCGUAAACCGGUGACUGGUCUCAGGCUAAGCUUAGAAGGAAGCAAAGUGAACCGUCUCUCUAUCCAUUUACAACACUUAGUCUCUCUCCCAAAAAUCUUGCAGCCACAUUGGGACUCUCACGUGCCUAUAGGUGCACCGAAAUGGCAAGGACCGGAGGAGCAAGACAGCCGCUGGUUCGAGCCGAUCAAGUGGAAGAACUUCUCUCACGUAAGCACCUCUCCGAUCGAGCACAACGAGACCCACAUCGGAGAUCUCUCGGGGGUUCACAUUGUCACCGGAGCUCAGCUCGGUGUUUGGGAUUUCGGGUCGAAGAACGUUUUGCACCUGAAGCUGCUCUUCUCUAAAGUCCCCGGUUGCACGAUAAGACGGUCUGUCUGGGACCACACUCCGGUUGCUUCCACGGGGAGAGUAGAACCGGGAGGUGCUUCUACGUCGAGUUCGAGUGAGGAGAAGAAAGAGGACGUGUCGGGGCAAUCAGGGAAGCUAGCAAAGAUCGUGGAUUCGUCGGAGAUGUUGAAAGGACCACAGGAUUUGCCUGGACAUUGGCUUGUCACUGGAGCAAAGCUAGGCGUUGAGAAGGGUAAGAUUGUGUUGCGUGUCAAGUAUUCUUUGCUGAAUUAUUGA